UAGCCGCGAAGCACCCAGGCAACUAGACUAGUCUUGCCUUUCCCUUUCAACAGGUUGCUAAUUGGGUAGCUUUGACGGGCGGCUUUGCGAAGAGGUUACACAAGAAUUUAAAACGGCUGUCAGCCAACUCGUCUCCAAAAUCCGAGCACCGUUUGACCGAAAGGAAGAAGGAAGCGUUUCGCUUCGGGAAUUUGCACAAUAGGAUUUGCUUCGGGUCGCUGCCGCGCAGGUUAGUCGAUUGGGCUGCGGGGAUCCGGGUGAGCGGCGGCCUGGAGCAAUAGAAAGAAUCGGAUGAACGGAAUGGGAAGGGACCUGGUUGUGAACAAUGGUGAGGGCAAAGGCUUGGAUCCUGAAGAAGCAUUUUGAAGGGCUUCCUAAGCAGAGUGACUUUGAAUUAAUAGAGAUAAAUCUACCAGCUCUAAAUGAUGGAGAGAUGCUGCUUGAAAGUGUGUUUCUCAGUGUUGACCCCUAUAUGAGAGUAUACAGUAAGAGAGGGAUGAAGGAAGGGGACACUAUGAUAGGAUCUCAGGUUGCAAGGAUUUUGGAAAGCAGAAAUCCUUCAUUUCCUGUAGGAACUUUUGUUGUGGCAAAUUCGGGCUGGACAACACAUUUUAUUUCCGAUGGCAAAAAUCUAUUAUCACUGCCUCCAAAUUGGCCAGAAAAUCUUCCAAGGUCAUUGGCUCUUGGAACAAUUGGCAUGCCAGGUCUUACUGCCUAUUUUGGCUUACUUGAGCUCUGCAGGCCCAAACCAGGAGAUACUGUCCUAGUUAAUUCAGCAGCUGGUGCUGUGGGCAACGUGGUUGGGCAGAUUGCUAAAAUUAAGGGUUGUAAAGUAGUUGGCACUGCGGGUUCCGAUCAAAAGUUGGAUUACCUAAAGGAGCUUGGCUUUGACGAAGUCUUUAACUAUAAGACGGUGAAGUCCCUGGAGCAGGCCCUGAGAGAUGCUUCCCCCGAUGGCUACAACUGCUAUUUUGAUAACGUGGGAGGAGAAUUUUCCAGCGUUGUUUUGGAGCAAAUGAACACAUAUGGGAGAAUUGCGGUGUGUGGUGCUAUCUCCUUGUAUAAUGACACCCAGGUCAAGAAAGGUCCAUAUGUGCAGGUCCCCAUGGUCACAAAGCAGCUGUACAUGGAAGGUUUUUUAGUCACGCGUUGGUAUGAUAGGAGAGAUGAAGGGCUGAAUGCAAUACUGAAAUGGGUUCAAGAGGGGAAAAUUAAAUGCCGCGAGGACAUCACCAAAGGUUUCGAAAACAUGCCAGCUGCGUUUAUGGGAAUGCUCAAAGGAGACAACUUUGGAAAGGCAGUAGUAGAGGUAUAAAAGGCACCCUGUUCGGCUUGUGAAAACUCUUUAUCAAUCGCUGUAUCUCCACUUCCUUAUGGACUGACUUGUCUGCUUGCCAAGAAUGACCCAAGAUUAGGCUAAUCCAGUAUGCCACUCCAGCAUGCCUUAAGUGUGGCCAAAACCACAGAAAAUCAGCAUUAUCAUGUGAAGUCUGAGGACAAAAGAAACAAAUGCCUCUUAGAAGAUUCGUUAUAUCCUUCUCUCAAUGGGUUAUCCAGUUUGAAUAAAAGAAGCAGUCUGAAAA